GCUUGCUUUCCCCUCCUCGUUACUUUAUACUUGCUUAGAUAAAGGCUUCAAACUUGACACAUUGCGCCAAUCUCGUCAUUGACUCAUCUCACGUCCUUCCAGUUCCUUCUGCAAAAUUCGAAAGCAUUAUCUGGCCUCGAUACAGCUGGCAAACCCCCCAAACGCAAACGUAAAGCUGGUGCCUUGGUGUCUCUCCCAGGCGGCAAAGAUGAACCAUGUCCGGACAGCAACGUCAAUAGCAUCAAGGAGACCCGUCGCGCGAAGAAUAGCACACGUGUCACGGAGAACGUACGCAACUGAGCCUCCUCCUCCACCGCCGCCACCGAACUCCACUUCACAACAACUCAAAGAGCCGUCGCGGGUGGGCGCAUACUACAAAACUUUUGGUAGCCCCCUACUGAAAUGCUUCCUCGGUGCCCUGUUCACAUAUCAAAUCGCAUACUAUGCGUGGUUCAAGCUCGAGACCAUCGAGGAGCAACACGAUAAGCAUACAGAGAUCAAGGAACUACAAUACGAGCUUAUGGAGGCGAUAGCACAGCAAAAGCAGAGUGCGCAGGAGACGCUAAGUCAUGCUGUGGAUGCUGUAGAGGAGGCGACGGACAGAAUAGUCGAAAGCGUCAAGGAAGGUGCAGACGAGACGGUCAGGGCGACUAGUGCUGUGGGGAAGGUGGCGAAGGGGGGUUGGUGGCCUUGGUGAAUAUGUGGGAGGGAGUUCUUGUGGGAGGGGACGUAGAAGAGGAUAUGCCUCCCAAGACUUCAUCUGUCAAACUGGUAUAUGUACAGUACCUGCCCUUAUACACAUGUAGGGGACAUAUAAAGAUACCCAAGCUGAACUUUUCUUUACAAUACCUGCUAAUGUU